AUGGUUUCUCCCGCCAUCGCUUUGGCCUUUAUUCCGUUCAUUAUCACUUUGAUUAUUCGCUAUCGCCAUUACUUCCUGCUCUUCUAUCGCGCGGUCAUCGUGCGCCGUAUUCAGGAUUACCUCACAGGGAUCCCACGAGAGGAGCGAGCGUUUGAGUACGUCAUCACCCACGCCAUCCCCGGGGACCCCCAGCACGUGCUCAACACGUUUGACCAAUAUUGUUAUAACUCCGAAUACCUGAGCAACAUCGGGCCCCAAAAAGGGAAGAUCCUGGACCGGCUCAUAUAUGAGAACGCGCCUCUCAACGUGCUGGAGCUGGGCACACAGUGCGGCUACGCCACCAUUAUAAUGGCGCAGGCCCUGCCACUGGGCGCCAGGCUGUACACUGUAGAUGCCAACCCCAAGAAGGCCGCUGUGGCUGAGAAGGUGAUAAGGCUGGCCGGGUUUGAUGAUGAUACGGUGGAGCUCCUGGUCGGGCCCUCUGAUGACAUCAUCUCACAGCUGAAGGACAAGCAUGGGGUCCAGAAGUUGGAAUUUGUCUUCAUGGACCAUGGGAAGCGCUGCUACCUGCGGGACCUGCAGCUGCUGGAGGAGGUGGGACUGCUUCAGGAAGGGACCAUCAUCCUGGCGGACAACGUGCUCUUCCCCGGAGCCCCCCAUUUCCUGCAGUACGUGAAGACCUGCGGUAAAUAUCAGCUGAAGAUGCAUCGGGGUCACCUGGAAUACUUCCGAUACAUCAGGGAUGGCAUGGCGGAGCUGACAUACACCAAGCUGCAGUGA